GAAAGAGGACGAAUGUUUUGAUACCUUGGUGGACUCGCAUCAUAUCAGCGCUUUGUUUUUAACACUUUGAAGUGCACCUAAGGAUCGAUUUUGUCACGAAAUUACUCAUUCAAUUCUCCGAGACUACAUAGAGGCGAAAUGUUUGGUAAUCUCGUGAACAAGAACGCUCGCGCAGCUUUCAAAGAAUAUGGUGAACAAUGUGGCGCAUUGGCGAGCAUUGAAGUUGCUGUCAGCUCUACAGAAAACCCCCACAACCCAAAGUUUGUUGCCGUUGCGAAACUUGGUGAUCGCGCCUUUCUUCCCGCCACAGCUUCAUCAAAGAAGGAUGCUAAGGAAUAUGCCGCAGAUCUAGCAUUGCAAGAACUUGCUCAAGGUAUUGUCUAAACCACACGCAUAGAUAUGUUCGAGCACUGCACUGUAACUGUUGCAGCUGUAUAGUUUUUUCCCUCCCACCUUAGAGCAUCUUUUAAUCGACAAUCAAUUUUUAAAGAGAUUCGUCUCCACUACUUGGCUAGUUUAAUUCAUAUCCAUCGGACAGAUUUUAGUUUCUUCUAUUGUCACAAACCGACAUAGAUUGCUCGUUUGCGUGAUUUCGUCGAAUUCAAUUAUUAAUCUCAUUUCAAAACGCCAUUACAAUCUCUUUGUCGUAGAACCAAACCCAAUCCACUGAGAUUGUUGCACGACAUCAGCUUAGGGUGGUGUCAAAAUAUUCAAUUCUGAAUUAGUGUUUGAGAGUUACUAAAAUUAUACCACUGGUGCUCCAGGCUUAUACCAGAUAACAUUCAAAUUAUCUGACAUAAUCUUCCUAUUUUUCCUGAUGCAUAUGGGAGCAUAAGCUAAUUCUGUACAAAGAAGUGUCAGGUGAGUAAGGCCAUUACCAUGUAAAAGGUGUCUUGGAUACCACCAAAUCUUCCAUUUAUUUCAUAACUGCACUCAAAUUUACCAUCUUUCUCAUCCUAUGGUCCUAUCUUUAAAUAAUUCCCCCCUCUAUGUUGUAUACAUUUCUUGGUGAAUUAGUUGAAAGAGUUUGUUUCUAUAACGGGGCCAGAGGUAAAAUUUCAAGUUGAUAGACCUGUCUAUUCUCAUGACUUGUUUACUGGAUAAUGUCCUGGAAUUGUGAAGAGAAUUAAAACUUUGAUCAUAAUAAAGGAUUUCUCACAGUACCACUCAAAGGGAUGUUGACAGUCCCUCAAAUCUUUAUCCUCAAUUCUCAAUCCUCAACAACCUAAAGGAUUGAGGCUCAAGUCAUUAGUUUUGAGAUGUUCAAGUUGAGUAUUGAGACCCUCAAAACUCAGUUUGAGACACUCCAAGUUGGGAAAUAAAGGAGUUUUUACACAAUUAAUUUUUCACAUGAUUUGAAGUUCCUAACCUUUAGUAUAAUCCAUGGAUUUUUUUUAUUUUGUGUUAUUGCAGAACCUCAUGCCAGGUUUCAAGAGAAUAUCAUGGGAGCAAAUGGAGGAGAAAUGCCAGAAAUCCAUCAUGGGUUUGCUGGAAGACGCAGAAAUGUUCACACCCGCAGGCAGCAUGCAAAGAUGAAGAGCACUGAGCUGUCAGCACCACCAGAUAAAGACCCUGUGAUGUUGCUUAAUGAGUUUGGACAAAAACGAGGCCAGCUUGUGAGUUGGGAUAUAUAUUUUUAUUUCUACCAUGAUUGAGAGAUUAUAAUAAGUUAAUAGGAAACAAAUAAUAUUCUUCAAAUUAGAUAAUUUAUUUCAUUUAUUGGUUUUGCUGUUUUUACAGGAAACAUAUAUAUCUCUUACUAACCAAAUUCAAGGUCCAUGCUUUAAAUUAUGGAUCAAGGUUUUUCAGUUGGAUAUAUGGUGUAAGGUGUAAAAAAGCACUUAACAAUUUUUCAAAGACUAGGAGUUGCACUUGCCUUACAGGCUUGUGUGAUUUUAUUAAAAUUAUUGUCUUUGUUAGUGAAGUUUCUGAUAAUUUGCUGGGAUUUUCCUAGAAAACAGAACCUAAGCCUGUUUUCUCACUGUGUUUGCUAUGAGUAGGUGAAGUUUGAAGAUGUGCAGUGCAUGUAUCCUGGAUUAUACAAGGCUCAGGUUACUGUAGGAGAGGCAACAUUUGGACCAAAGUCAAGUUCCACCAAGAGAAUGGCUAGAAAGUUUGCUGCUAUUGAGGCACUGAAAACUCUGAUGAAUUGGGAACCUGCAGAGGGUAUGGUGCAUGUUUCUUUAGCCUACCCACCCAGUCAUUGAACCCUUUGACUCCUAAGAGUGACUAGCAUCUAAUGUCUUUGUAUAAUAACACCCCUGAUUACACAUUAAGGUCAUACGAAUAAAGGAAAUGAAUACCAACCUUAUCAGCACCUUGGAAAAUGAGUGGAGAAAAGGGUGAAGAAUAUGAGCACUAAUGUUUGAAUGUAGAGGUUAAAAAGGUCAUAUUGCUAUCCAGCAUAUAUUUAGCAAAUCACAUCCAAACUACACUAUUAUAUUUGUAGUGGGUCUAAUUUUUCUCAGUUUAAAACUUAAUCACAACAUAAGAAAACAUGUAGAUUGCAAACACCUUUUUUUUUAUUCUUUGACACCAAUUUGCUGAAACUGAUUAUUCACUGGAAAAGGCUACCCAACCAACAAAAGAUUCAAGCUGCAAUCCUGAAUAGGCACCUGCCCUUUAGGCCAUAAUGUAAAACAAGCACACCUCUCAAAUAAGCCCCCACCCCUUCCUCCCUCACUUUCUUUAACAGUAGGGAUACAAGGAAAACCUGUUUCUAUUGCCACUUUACUUAUUACUUUUAAUGCAUUAGCUAAAGGGGAAUCAGUACAGGAAAAUAAAAAGCCCCCCCCCCCUUGACUAUGCAUCAUUCUAAUAUGUGCCCCUCCUUUUCUGCUGAAAUUUAAAAGAGCUUAUUUGAGGAAAUAGGGUAUUGAUUUUUCUCUUUCAGAGGACUGCAUUGAAAGUUGGGAGUAUUGUUAAGAGAAUGUCAGAGAAUAGCCCAUGUUUUUAUUAAAUUACACUAUAACUCUUUGCCCCGGUGAAAAUAAUUUGCACAUGAAAACAUGCUAAUCAUGUUUUUGUAACAAUAAAAGUUCAUCUCCAGGGUUGAUGUGGUAAUCCAACUUUGAAUAUUGUCUUGUCAAGGUCUUUAUGACGUCCCAGAGGAAAGUCCUCACUGGUCUGUUGGUCCUGGUGGUCCUGCCCCAGGAAAAGCUGUCUUGUUACGCAAAGAUCCCAUCAUGCUUUUGAAUGAGCACUGUCAGAGGAACCAGCUGAAGGUAACAGGAACCCCAGUGCAUUUUGCAACUGAAUUCACAAGACAUUCUUGCUACAAUUUAUCCUUACCUGAUCUGUUUCUGGAUCCUUCGGAAGAAUACCCUUGUGAAGUGCCCCCCUUCCCUUAGUUUCAAUGUUGGAAUAACCAAGUUAUUAUUAAUAAUCACUGAACAGAUGCAUGGCAAAAUGUAUUUUGCUUGUACGGAUGGAUCUCAGAGCCAUCAAGUCUGUAUCCAGUCACUUGGUACCCAGUUGUUUUGUUCCCAAGUUUGAGUGAUUUUGCUCAGAGUUUGUAUCAAAGUUUGAGUCAGUUCGUACCCAAACUGAUGACCGAUUCUUACUUGAUUCUUACCCCUCCUAAAGUAAAUUUAUUUGAAAUAUCUCAUGUAUGAGCACAUGAAUAAAUGUCAGUUGUUGCUUACAACAAGGUGUAGAGUCAAGCAGGUAUAAGGGAUACAAACAAAAGUCUGUUGUGUAUAGUUGUAACCUUAUUGCUUUGCACAAGGUUUGCAUAUUUUUUACCAAAAAGGUCUAUUGUUUGUAAUUGUGACUUUUUCUAGAUAUAACUAAGAUUUCCAACCCUUUCCAGAUUUCAUAUGAGGAUCUUCCUCACUUGGGCCCUGAUCACAAGAAGACUUUUUCAUGCCAAGUCAUUGUUGGAGAGAGGAUUUUUAAAGAAGGUUCUGGUCCAACCAAGAUUGUGGCCAAGAAGAAUGCAGCCAUGCAUGCUCUGGAAAGCCUGUUUGACAUGCCCGUCGAAAUAGGUACUUUGCAGUUCUCCAAUAUUUUCAUUGUUUUGUUACACACAGUGGUAUCAAGUUGUCUCAAAUCUCCUUAGACUUGCAAAAAGACAACUUUCCAGAAACUCUUAAUCCAGUGGCAUUGUUUGAUUGCACAACUGUGAGAAGCUCAAAAUUCUGAGGGAACUCCUUUAUAGAUUUGCUAAAGAAUUUUUCCAAGGUUAACUAAAGUGGGUUUUAGGUUGAAGGAAGGUGGCACAGUGAGAACAGGGGUAUAAGGAGAUUUUUGUUAAGGUGGGAUCCUAAUUUUGGAUUAGAGCAGCAAUUGAGAGCAUGCUUAGUUGUUUUCCAACUUAAGAUUAACAUUUUUUUUCUAUUUACAAAGAUAAGAGUAUGUGAUGAUGCUCUUUAGGAUGCCCUUCAUCGCUUCUUUGUACAUUGGGCAUCUUGUUAAUGUGUGAAUUACCAAUGGACAGUAACUGUGGUAAAGCCUAUAUUUGAGGUGAAUUUUAACCUUUUGGUUGUGGUCUCUCUCAGCUUCCAUGCCAGGAGUUAUUGGCCAGGCUAAUCAGAUGAAAGUUGACAGGCAUCCUGUCAGCAUUUUGAAUGAAUAUGGACAAAAGAAAGGAGUUAAGGUAACAUUUGGAUAAAGAUUUCCUUAAACUUUUCAAAAGAUUCUUCUAAAAAUUUCAAUGACAGUUGAGAGUAAUUAUGCAGCUAAAUUUUUUUUGAGGAGGGAACUAUGGUAACCAUGGUCAGCAGAUUUCUUACACUUGUCUCAUAGAGACUUGUACAGUUUGUUUUGACCUGUUUUAAAAGUAUCCCAUCCACUUGCUACACAUCUAUAUAGAAAUUAUUUAAAGUAUUUUAAUGUUACAUUAAGAUGAUACCCCUUGUCUGAUAUGUUUGUUUAUUCUUAGCACCGUUUUCCAUAAAGAGCAGUUUUCAAUAGAGAAAAUACAAAACCAAAAUAAUUGUAACGAUUAUCAGAGCAAAGAUAACAUCAUCAAAUAGAAUUUAAAAAGUUGAAACAAGCAACCUGUUUAAAGCACAGGAAAAUACAAGAAACCUGGGUGGGAAUUGUUUUUGGUUUGGUAUUUGAUUGGCUGAGAUGGUGGAAAGUUUUCUGCACCAAUCACAGAGCAAUACUCAAUUAAAACUGCUCUAACUUAUUAAAUAAAUGUUGUUUGGAGAGGUUGCACAUAAAUCACUUCACAAUGUUGAAGGGCAAAUGAUCCAUGUUUUUAGGUUGAAUUUGAAGACAUGGGUUAUUCAGGCCCUGACCACCUCAGAACAUUCAACUUCCGAGCAGUGGUGGGUGAUGUGACAUAUGACACUGGAAAUGGUCGCAAUAAGAAAGAGGCAAAGAGGGAAGCAGCAGCACUUGCUCUCCAAAGUUUGGGUUUCCAAGUCAAUGUUGGUAAGAAUCUUUGAUUCAUUGCACACUGCACUUACCAACAUUUUUAUGAUACACAGGCUGGAGAUGUUUAUCUAAGGAAUAGCAGGAUUUCCAAAAUAUCUGACUCUUUCUGCAGAUCUACAAAGAUUUUUAAAGAUCUGUUAAAGGUCUAGAGAGUGGUUUUAAGAGUUUUCAAGUACAGAAGCUUGAAAACAAAAGACGAUUCUCAAUCUUUAUGAUUUCAGUGUUGCUUAAGAGAAAAAUUGUCUGCGUGAUACAUGGUACUAAUUAUUACCACUUCAUUAAGAUUUAACAAAGAGGAUCUCCACUGCUGAAGAAGAAAUUUCAGUUCCCCCUGAAGAGCACAAACUGUCCCUAACUGAUGGUAAAAGCACAGUCAGCGCCUUGUAUGAGCUCUGCCAGGCCCACCACUUGCCACAACCACAUGCACUGGAAAAACAACCAGAGGGAAAAAUAGACCCUACCCUCCAUUACUGUGCUUACAAAGUUGGUGAGGAGCUGUAUGACUUGGGAGCUGGUCGAACUAAGAAGGCAGCGAAGGAGGCUGCUGCUCAACAUGCAGUGGCAUCUAUUUUAAAACUGAAAGGGCUCCACCAUGUUUACAACCCAGGGACCACCAGUGAAGGGGAUGAGAUAGCAGCAAUGUGUUGGAACCACUUGUCAAUUCUGAGUCGUGAUGCACCAGAGGGCUGGAGAUUUGCUGGGUACAAAGUUGUGGCAGCAUUUGUAAUGCAGGAUGGUGAUGAUGAUCCUGGGGCUGUUGUGAGUUUGGGAACAGGAAACAAGUAGGUUAACUGUAACCCUUGCAUCAUAUGAGCUCUUUAACUUCCACCAGUGAUUAACAUGUUACUUCUCCCUACAAUAUCCAUACAUCAUCCAGCAAACAUGAAUGAGAAUACUCAAACUUAUCAGGUACAAGUUGUUAUCUUGAUCUAACACCAAAUUCUCCUAACUUAUUCACAAGGAAAUGUGUGGCAGCUUCAGGGGAUAAGUGUCAAUAAGAUCUUGGGUGUUCAAGGGUUUUUCAAGCAAAUGUAUAAACCUCUGAUCAUUCUUUGUAAUCACUUUUUCAACGAAGAGAAACUAGAUGCCAGUCUGAGUCUGUUCUAUCAAACAUUGUAUAUACAAUGAUAACUUUUCGUCUCUCUCCUUUUUAUUCAAAAGAUGCAUCAGUGGUGACCAUCUGCGCAUGGAUGGAACAACAGUGAAUGACUCGCAUGCUGAGGUGAUAGCACGAAGGAGUCUGCUGAGAUUUUUCUAUUUCCAUCUGAAAGUCUUGUUCAGUGGACAAACAGAUGUGAAGAGCAUCUUUGUACAGAAGGAAAGGCAAGGAAAGAUUCAGCUUAGGGAUGGAAUAAAGUUUCUUCUAUAUGUGAGCACAGCUCCCUGUGGUGAUGCUGCCAUCUUUGUGAAUGAAAAUUAUUCCAGGUAACUUGCAGCCUAAACAUACAGACUAUUUUUAAUUGAUAUUGUCUAAUACUGCAUGUAUACACUAGAGCAAUGUCAGUGUCUGAACAACUGUGCACCUACCCCUCUCCUGACCCAACACUAAUCCUAACUUGUUUUCAGUUGACUGUUAUUUGGCUAGGGGAGGGGUAGGUGCAAAGUUGGUCAGAUACUGACAUUGAUGCUACUCACCAAUGCAAGGGUUACCUGUGUAAUAUUUAGAAGUUUAGUGCCAAUUUUUAUUGUAGUUAUCUUAAUUCUUUUAUGAGUUUAAAGUAUUUUUUAACACUAAUUUUUGAAAUAAGGAAAUAAUCAAGGCUGCAUAUUUAACAGAAUCUUGUAUUCUGUUUUGAGCCAUCCUCAAAUUGAUUGAAUUGACUUGUUCAAUGUAAUUAAUUUGGAAUUUGUAUGAAAGUUAUAGUUAAGGGGAGACAUACUCACUGCUUUAUAUCACUGAGGAGUAGAAAUGGGUUCAGGGAACUGUCAUGGAAACAGGACAAACCUGUGGAUAGGUUGGGAAGUAAUUACAACAGAAGGAGGGAACUGUUCUAAAGAAUUAGCCAGCAAGGUAACUGGCCUGGCAAAGAAGUGUAGGAACACUUGCCAUUGUGUGCUGGUGAGGAAAGCGUAUACAUGUACAUGAGAAACUCCGUUAUCCCUUUCACCUCCUGGGAGUGACCAGUAUCUAAUUUCUCCUUACAGUAUCACUGCUGAAUCAAACAUUAAGGUCACAAGAAUAAAAGAAAUGAUCACCAACUAAAGAAUCUCUUGAUUGUCAAACAAAUUCUCCUUGUCAGCACCUAAGAAAAUGUAAAGGGAACAGUGUAGAGAAUAUGCAUUCUGAUUUAAGGGUGUUAAGGGCCAUUUAGCCAUAAGGCGAUUUUAAUGUUGGCUUGGUAUGUAUGUUUGUACAAAGAUGACAGGUUUAUAAUAUUUACAUGUCAGCCCAGAAGAUGCCACUGAAAGUAAAGCAUUGUUUGGCUCCAGGCAGCAAGGCCUGUUAAGAACAAAAGUGGAAAAAGGAGAAGGAACAAUACCUUUGGAUCCUCAGGAUGGUAUUCAGACUAUUGAUGGAAUCCACAGUGGUCAGAGGUUGCGCACUGCUUCAUGUAGUGACAAAAUAGCUAAAUGGAACGUCCUAGGUUUGUGAUUUUAUAAGAUUUAAAUUCUUCGAUGCCUGCCCCCAACCAACCAAAGUAAUUAAAAAAAACCAUAACGAUAAAGAUGUGGAUGACGAGGUUUAUGGUCACCUAGUUUAUUUUACUAAGUAAGGAGCAACUAGAUUUAACCGUUUACAUUAACUCCCAUUAAUGACCAAGGCAUAAUUUCUCAUUACGAUAUCAAUACAAUGCCACGCAGACCAGCGGAAGAGAAUAAAGACACAUAAAAUAUGGGUUUUUUAGUUGAUCCAAUACCAAAUUCUUUGAACUAACAUCAUGAGAAUUGUAUGGUAGACAGUAAGGAGAAUUAUCAAUCGGAUCGUGAGAGAGAAAAGGUUAACCCAACUUAGCUGAGAAAGGAAAUCAAACGUAAAACAAAACAAAGCGUGCUGUUGAACUUUUCCUUAUAAAUUGAUGACACGCAUGCGUGUUGUUGUACUAGGUGUCCAGGGAUCUCUUCUCAGCGUCUUGAUUGAGCCUGUCUACAUCAACUCCAUUAUUCUUGGAAAGCUCUUUCACUCAGGCCACCUCAGCCGUGCUGUGAGCAUGCGUGUGGAGCGUGACAAUGAUAACAGCUUUUCAAACAAACUUCCGGGUUCUUACCAUGUCAAUCAUCCUAAACUGGAGGAAGGCCACCUUGUCAUGCAGGUCUGUGAAAACCAUAAUAUAACUCAGUUACAACUGUAGGAGGGACACACCAUCGGAAGCGCGUAGUAAAUGAUUGACCGAUUUGUGUUUGGUUAAAGUUUUAAGGCGCUUUUCGUUGGAUAGCCAUAAAACCAAAUCCAAAGCAGUCAUUAUGGCCAAUCACAACAAAGGAUAAUAUCUUAAAUAGCCAAUGGGAACUCAAGAUAAAUCCUACUAAACUGCCGAAAGCGCGGGAAAACGCGGGCGACCGAGUCGCGAUUGGUUUAAGAUUUACAUCUGACCGGUUCAGAGAAUGGCGCGAGUUUUCUGGACCAAUCACAGAGCGAAAUAAAGCAAAAAACCACAACCCCGGAUUAUUUUCGACUCUCAAUUGAAAUUUGCUUUAUCGUAGUUUAUCAUGAUUAUUUUUGCUGAGUUAUUGUCUUUUUUAACUUUGUCGAGAGGAUGGCGCGAAUUUGCUUCCUUUGUGAGAGAAAACUCGGUAGAUGAGAAGAGUGGCUUGAUUUGACUGGAUGAUCAAUGAGAAAGAGCAGCAGGGUUGAUAAAAAUUUUAAUUUUUCCCCGAUUGAUGCUUCUCUUGCCUUUUCAAUCUUCAGGACGGCACGCGAGAAGUUGAAACAAAAUGUAAAACCAAGGUGCUAUCGUUAAACUGGUCAGCGGGUCAGGACACGUCAGUCGAGGUGUUUGAUGGAUGCCUAGGUAUUGCACCGAGCAAGAUGGGCAAGCCAUCUCGUCUGAGUCGGCAGGCCUUGUACGCGAGCUUGAAAGAGGUGAGUGCUUUAUUAUCGUAUGAGGAGAUACAGGAAUGAAACAUAUGUCCCCAGAUGAAUGAUGUGUUUGAAAUAUCGCACAGCUUAUGGGGCUCAAAAUUUAUCGUAAUCCUUUGUUGGACGAGAUUGUUGCGCCGAGUUCACUUAUCACUUACUUUGUCCAAAGACGACUUGAUUCGCUUGCAGUUUUACUUAGUUUAUGACUGCCCAUGAAAAUCGUUGAUGUUCAGGCAGGGGCUACAAUAAAAGCUGGUCACUUGUGGUCGACCGCUGCCCGUCAGAUCUCUUACCGCCAUCUGUUUAGCGUGUAAUCAAGCGCUUGUUUGGGUUUCGCUCGCGGCCCCUCCUUCGGGCACAGCUACCUAUUGCACCAUCGGCAACCGCUUAGGGAAAACGUUUUUGAAACCCCUGUCAUGUUGACAUAAAAUAGUAUUUCCAAGUUUAGAAAUUGUGUAUUCAAGAGUUCGACAUCUGCCGAUUCGUCCACAAAUUCGCCAAGAAGAUGUGUACAAGUUCUGUUAUAUAAUCUCAUUGGUAAAGACGGCAUUCUUUGAUUUUUGCCCUCAAAAGGUUUUAUGGUAUUAAAAAUGGACUGAUUUUCGGCAGUCAGAGGUUUUCUUGGCAAUUAAAAGGGAAAAUGUCAGUUUGGAGACAAGAUGUCGUCCAUGAGCCGUUUUCCCUAUAAACUUGUGAUUGAGACACUUGAGUAAGGCUUUUACCGUUUUUUUUCUUAUCCUCGAAGAAUGAUCGUAUCAGAAAGAAAGAUGUCAUUAGUACAAAAAGUUUAUAUGUUAGACAGAACUCGUAAUUGUGUGGGCAAAAUAAAAAGCAGCAAUCUCAAUUACACAGUUAUGCUAUCUGUUUUGAAAAUAAACAUUUUGUACAUCGCAUUCCUUACAUUUGAUGAGUUAUUUGGAGAUGGAAGAGAAACGUUUUAACACUCGUUUGCCUUUAAGGUUAUCAAACACAGCCAAGAUCUUGGACAUCGUCAAAUUCUUGAUGCACAGAGUUACCGCAGCGCCAAAGAGCUGGCAACAGACUAUCAAAAGACCAGAACUAUGUUGUACAACCGCUUACAAGAAACUGGGUACGGCUCCUGGGAUUUGAUGAAAAAACCCCCGGAACUGAGUCAUUUUAAUUAAGUAUGUGUUCGUUAUGUUGGUAGUUUUACGUUAUCACAAAGAACAGAUUCUUUAGAGUUCAGUACUUUUAUCUGUUAUGUUACGUAUUUAACUUACAUAAGGCUUUAUCAAGGGAGUAGCCAGGGGUGUGCUCUAGUGCAUUUUAAUCCCCCUUUCCCUCUUUCCCUCUGUUGUCCGUAAGACCCCCCUUCCUGGCCCCUGGAUUUUUUUUUCUUAUUUUGACCCAGUAUCUUGUCCAGAAGAUACGGAAUUUUAUGAAAGAUUUCGAAUUUAAGGAUAAAAUGAUCUACAAUACGAUUUUUUAAAUUGCAUUUAAUUUAUUUCCUUUUUUUAUUUUGUGGGGAGAGGGUGGAAUAAUUUCGUAGGAGGUGUGCUUCUUGAGCUUUUAAGAGCCCGUGUUUGAGUCUAUAAGGGGAAAUAUAAGGUAGAUACGGGAGGAUUAUAAGUAGCCAGGUCGUAAAUCGCCACCUGGGUCCAGUUGUCCAAAGGGCGGAUGACGCUAUCCAGCAGAUAAGAGUUAACAAAACGUAUUGUACUUUCUACCGGAUAGAGAUUUAUCCAACGGAUAGGGUUAUCUAUUCUUCGAACAACCGGCCCCAAAGUAAACAGUGUUAGAGUAUUAUCCGGUGUUGUCUUUCUUAAUGUCAUGCAAUACAUCUUCCAACGGUGUUAAAUUGUAAAGGAGAGUGUCUUUCAUUCGACAGAUUGACUUACGUAUACCGCAUUUUAUUAAAAGAAAGUAAUAUAAAGGAAAACUUUAUUGUGUUUCUCUACAGAUAUGAAUAGAUGAAAGACUAAUGAAAUCCUUGUUGGUUUUUUUUAAGCAUAAGUUGUACAAAGUUCAUGUCAUACCUAAAUGUUUUAUUUUAUUUAUUUUAAUAAUAAUUGACUGUCCGGCAUUUAGGUCAAGUAACACGUAUCAGAAGGAGCUUGGUCUAUAUAAUUUGACUAGCUUGUGAGCAGGCCCUCAAAAAUAGCGGGCUUUGACACGAACGUUGCAGCCCCGCGCGGAAAAGUAUAAGUCUUGAGCAAUGAAAACCAAAUAGAGAUCAGCAGGGGAUGUAGCACUGUUCUAAUCCCUAAAUCUUUCCGCGGGCGGAGAAACGCGUGUCCUGCAGGGCUGAUAAUAUGGGCCUGCAUUAAAUACUUACUCUACUAUACAUUCAAAUCAGUUUUUAGAAUUUUGUAUGUAUCUUUUUUUUUUUAUCAUGUUUGACUUCUUGACAUGAGAAUAGUCGGAAUAAGUUUUUUUAUAGAACUAAGUUAUCAUUACAAAUUUGUAACGUAAAUUUCAGCUUUCACUCCUAGGGUACGAUUCAGUGGUCAAUUCUUUUUGUCGACUCCAUUUACGCUUGCAGUGAUUUUUAUAGUAAAUAUGGUUUAUUUAAAAGUAAUCUUGAUAUCGGUGUUAUUGUGUGGGAAAGGAGAGUAAUUUAAGUUGAUACACUGACAAUGAUAAUGAAAUUAUCAGCUUGUAUCGAAUUUCCAUUGGAAAAAAUGUGUUUCAUUGUAGCGUAGAAAAAAACGUACUCUACACAGCUAGGAACCAGUAUGUAUCGAGUAAUACAUUAUUUAAACAAGGUGCAAUAAAAAUCUCAUAUCUCUG